CAACGUCUGCCGCAUCCGCACGUAUCCGGACCCUAUUUGACCAAGCGCCGCCCGCCCGUAUCGCACGCGUACGUCUUUUGAGCAACGUCGAUAAAUAUGACUACGUAACUGGAACCGGUAAAAACAUUCUGACGGUGCUCAGCAGACCGUUUAGCAAAAAGAAUCGUUGUUCGUUUUUCAGUUGUGAAUGAGAGGGAAGAAACACUGUUGAUAAUAAAUUAAAUCUGAAAACAUCAGCAAAAUGAGGGAAAUUGAAAACUUGGCUCUUUAAAUGUACAUAAAUGAAAUAGUUUAACACAUCUGGAAAAUCCAGGUUUUUAUUCUGCGGUUUCUGCAGGCUGAUGAGGGCGCAGAAGUUUGUCGCUGGAAAAUUGAAUGAUAAGCGAACAAGCGAAACCAUUGUCUCCUCGGCGGUCGUCCAAGAUAAGAGCAAAAGUGUAAUUAGUGUGUUGAUGAACAGCCGCCAUCCGGUCGUGGGAUACCGUAAACAGUUUACAUUUCCACCUGCUUGCGCGUGAACGCAAAAACGGAGGAAACCAGACAAAAAACAGAAAGGUUCAGCGGUUACCGAUUGUUGUCAACGCAUAUUUCGAAGCAUUUAGUGUACACAACCUAUGUUUAUGGUGGAGACAAUCGACGCAUGUGGGUUGCGGAAGUUCUUGAAUGAGUAUUCUCUAAGUUGAAAUUCAGUAUUGUGUUCCCAAACGUUGUGAAGUUUUUAAAUCGGAUCUAGAAACGGCCUAUUGGAGCAUGAAGUACGACCACAUAGUAGCAACACUAGAGCACUCAACCCAACAGCAAUACAGUGACGCACGUUACAUCGCCCUCGGGUAAAUAAUGGUGGAUGAGAUUGAUUCGAGAUUCGGUGAAUGUGUGUUAAAUCUUCAAUUUUCGGCGGAUUACUAUGCCGAUUAGGCACGGUUUUGCCCAAAGUGAUACCAAAAAGCAACCGUGGCCAAACGCGGAAAUCGUAGGGGGAAAACAAUUCAAUUAAACGAGCAAACUACUGUUGUUGUUUACGCGAGUCAAUCGACGAAAGAAAAACAACCCAAACAAAACCUGAAUCGACGACGAACCUCGACUUGUAUCCAUGGUAACUUUCUUCAAACAAAACUUGACAUAACAGGCUUCAGAUUAUCGAUUUUACCAAUUCGGCGUUGACAAGGUUGAACGAAGAUAUGAAAAGUGAAUAUUUUUUGUUUUCGCCUCAAAAUUAAUCAUUUUAAAGUGCCAGUGAUUUAUUGAAUUGGAAGCAAAUCAAAGAAGAAUAUGACUACCUCAAGGCGGUUAGCUGCACUGAUUUGGACAGCGUUGUCCUUCGUGCUACUACAGCAUGGCAAGUUGGCCGUCGGAUUCCAUUCCUCGUCGGUGUACGUGGACAAAUCGGCCUACAAAAACAUCGUCGUCGAGAUCCGGGAUAACGUGCCGGUCGACAACUGCCAAACGAUACUGCACAACCUAGAGAUUAUGCUAACAUCUGCCUCGCAGUACCUCUUCUCGGCGCUGGAUAGCCGAGUGUACUUUGGCGAAAUAUCGGUUGUACUUCCCGCCCAAUGGCCAAACACAUGUAUCCCGUACAAUCAGUCGCGAACGUCGUCCAGUGGCGAGCGAUCAGACGUGACUAUAAAAUCACACACCAAGGCCGACCCACUCAUCUGGACCGAGCAGCAUGCGGGGUGUGGAGAACCCGGUGAACAAAUCUACAUUGAUUCGGAGAUCUUGGGUAGGGACACUAUAGGACGUGAGUUCAUACGCGAAUGGGCCAAGUAUCGAUAUGGGGUAUUCGAUGAAAUCGGAUAUGAUAAGGACCUAGUCUAUCCAAGGUGCUACAUCAACGACGACCAUGAGAUCAAACUGACAGGAUGCUCGGACGCUCCGGUGAACGACCAUGGGCUGUGCGGUAGUCCAACUUCACCGCCUGUCCCAUACAACAUCAGUGACAUCCUCGAUCGCAACGCUCGCACAAGCAUUAUGUUUGCUGCAGAAGCCCCUAGCGUGUCUAUGUUUUGCGACGAGGGUACUCACAAUCGAUAUGCGCCGUCUAAACACAACCAAAUGUGUGAUCGUCGAAGCACCUUGGACGUCAUUCUUAAACACCCUGACUUUGUUUCCGAAAGUCAUGUCGCCGUGAACCCCUCCGUGAUCAUCAACACAGCGCCCAAAUUUAGUUAUAAGACACGCAAAUCAACCCGUUACGUCAUCAUAAUCGAUGAAACGCUGGACAUGCAGCUUCGUGAGUCGUGGAGUUUCCUCCGCUCGGCUAUCCGCAAAUGGGUCGUUUACGACCUACCCAGCAAUACCGAAGUCGGAAUGGUUCUUGCCAAUGACACUGCCACCGAAAAAAUACUUCAAAUCUCUUCCUUACACAUACAGGAGAACAAAGAUCUCGUCGCGUCAUUUAUCCCGUACUCCCCAAGUGAUUCCCGACAACCAGCCUGCCUAACCUGUGCCAUAUCCGAUGCCAUCAGCAUGCUUAACGAACGAACCCGCAUCAGUGGACCUGCGAAUUCGAUCAUCCUGGUUGUAGCCCCCGGGAUGGAUUUCUCGAUCGACUAUAAGCCUCUGGCCAACGCUGCCAGAACGAAUAGAAUCCGCAUCACCACCAUAAACUAUCCGAACGUCAUCCGACGACAACCGCUAGAUGACCUAGCCCACGGCACCGGGGGAUCCGCUUUCUCCGUCUUCGAGUGCAAAUACAAUGGCGAAAAGACCUACCUGACCACCUACUUCGAACUGACCAACGUCCUCUUCAACAUCGGUAAACUGUACUACGAAGGCAACGCAAACGACCUCCCGAUAGAAAUCUACCGAAAAGAACUCGUGGACGUGAUCGACGAUUCCAAUCAAAUCUCCAAGCGAACCAGCCGCACGGUAACCGGCAGUUUCAUGCUGGACUCAUUCAUGGGACCACCGGCUAACUUUUUUGUCUACAUUCACAACCCGGAGAACCCCUUGAUCACGAACCUCAAACUGAUCAGCCCGAACGGCAAUGUCUACACGGCGCGAAGCGAUGCACGAUCCCUCGUGAAGCAGCUAAUGAUCUCUGCCGUACUGAACGAAACUGGAACCUGGACGUACACAAUCGAUCGCUUCAAUGGAAAUCCGCAGCCGCACUACGUCCAGGUCAUUGCCACGCCACGAUCCAAGUACGCUCCGGUGAUCCAGGCUCGCUCCUGGAUUCAUCAAAGCAAAUCCGGUGGGCCUCCAAUCAUCUACACCGAGGUAAAGAAGGGUGAUCUGCCGGUGAUUUCGGCACUGGUAGAGGUCACAGUCACCAGACCGGAUAAAGUGUGCCAGGCCGGAACUGGGAUGAUUCACGAGUGUCGCGAGAAGCUGAAGCUCUUGGAUACCGGAGCCGGUGAUCCUGAUAUAACCAAGGGGGACGGCGUCUACUCGAGGUAUUUCAACGCAGAGGAGUUUGGAGGGUCCGGAGCAUACCAGUUUGAGGUUACCGUCAGCGACAAUGGGAACACAGCGUAUUCGUUGUCUGAAAAUUACGGAGCCAGCGGCUCAAAGUCAGCAAGAUGUUGCGGAAGCUCCAUUGCGAUCCCAUUGAAGCAGCCUUUGACUGCGUUCCAGCGAACACUGCAACCGAUGACGGUAUUCGUAGCACAGGAGCAGUUGAACGAAGACAAUCGCAAACUGGUGGGGCGAAUCAGUGAUCUGAGUGCCGAUGUCGAAGGAAUGCGUGUACGUCUUAGUUGGACUUCACCAGACAUGGGCGGGAAAACAGUUGCUCGAUACGAGGUGAAGUAUGCGACCACCAUCAAGGAUAUCGUAGACAACUUUGAUACGGCUGCUGUUCUGUGGCAUCAUGACAACCCAUUGACGUAUUCUAUCGGAGAUGACAGCACUUUCACUAUGAACAUAACCCAUGAACAGCAUCUGAUUGGUCAAAUUUUAUAUUUUGCUAUACGUCCGUAUUCGAAGGUGACGAAAGACGCUGAACCGGGUCCGAUAUCGAACUAUGUUAGAGUAUUCGUUCCCAAACCUAAGCCAACUACUCUGUAUCCAUCAUCGAGCUCCAGUGGUACAGAAAGUUACGAUCCUAUAUGGAACUCUUAUGAUGGUAUCAACAAGCAUAGCGACGAUAGCAUGGAUAUAAUUCCAAGGAUCGCUAAGACCAUGGACCUAGGGCUGGAGUUGCUGCUGCCGAUAAUCGCCGGAGUUAUCUUGCUGUUAGCACUUAUCCUCGUGUACUGCUACUUCUGUGUCGUUAAGAAACGUCACAACAAUCACGAUGACGAGCAGAAGAAACCAAUCAAACCCUUUAAAAGUGAUCAUAAGUCAUCCAGCCACAAUGUCAUCGUAACUACCACCGCAAACGCAUCUUCUCCUUCAUCGAACUCUACCACAUCUUCAUCGUCAUCUCCAAACCAUCAACCGCAUAUUCCAACGUCCGUGUCCUAUGACAUGAAUCUCAACGACCACCAAACCGUGGGUAUCCCGACUAUUUACAACAUUGACGAUGACAUGAUGUUGUCGAAGAAACGCUACAGUACUAUGGGACCAACGCACCCCAUGGAGCAGCAACUUAUUGAAGAGCUCAAACAACAGCAGCAUAUCAUCGAUACCCAGUCAUUUAUCGUCCCUACCAACCAUAACAAUAAUUGCGCCGUCAGUAUUAUUUCCACGGCGUCAAACAACACCACACUAACCCGAACCUACAAUCCGAACCCGAUGAUCCCGGGUGGUCGAACUCUUAGCCCAUACGAAUCGUGGUCCGCCUCGCAGCUGCUCCAGGAACACGACCCACACCAUCCCCACCUUCCACAGUCGACUCUUAUCGAUGAUUUGGUAGAUAACAACGUGCCUCAGCAGUUCUACACCACCCAACCACAUUCACAGCACGAUCAGAUGUCCCUCUUGAACAACAACCACAUCAAUGAAAGUACACCUCCGGUGCCACCGCUCCCCAUCUAUACGACGACAAGCAGCGGAAACUCCACCAACUACGUCUACGGACAGCAGUCCAACAAUGGAUCCGUGAACUCUAUCAACAGCAACGGAGGCAUACCCAACAGCGGAACCGAUAACAAGAAGCGACGAAAUGUUACUAUGGUCUAAAUGUGGAACCUAAAAUGUCGACGGAAGCCCACUUGGCAUAUUAUUGACUCUAAUGUUUUUUAUUUUGAAGGACACUUUCCAUACAUUCAUAGCCACCCCAUAGUUCAAUCGAAUUUACGACAAAAAUUUGGAUUUCAACAUAAUCGCGAUACCAAGUGGGUUCUCCGAAAAUCAAGUGAUAAAAACAAAUCUGUCUAGGAAACAUCUCAUUCGGGGCAAAUGUGUACAUUAUACAUUCAGUGCCAGAAGUAUGUAGGAUCGAUCAGUGAUCAGCGAUCGAGAUAAGAACACGGAUUUCAGCCAGAGUGAGGAAAUAUCGUAUAGCUAAUUACUUUCCAACAAUCGAACUAGUCAAAUUGGAUUACAAUUUCGUCUCUGCGAACUUCUUAAUUUUAGAACGCAUUAUUAGGAUAUAUCUACCCAAAAACUGUGACCUAAAUCGAUUUCCAAGUUUCUUGAUUUAGAUAUUUCUAAAUAUGUAUAGAGUGAGAAAAUUUCCUAAAACGUUAAUCACAGGUGAUCAAUCAAAGAGAAAAAUGAGGCCAGCAUGCAGUACUAGAUAAGAGAAUAGGGAUGCGUAUUAAUUUUUCACUAGUGUUAAGAUUUGACACAAAAAUCUAUCAGAGCAUUUAAAUAACUAUAUUUUAGAAAACGAACGGUUUAACGAGAAGUGGUACCGAAGAUAUAAAAGUAAAUGUUUAUAUGAAUAUAACUGAAUCAUAGAAUAUCUAAGUUAUAAACCGAUUCAAACACAUGGUUGUUUUAAUCAAGAGUAGGACUGCAGAAUCAAUCAAUAAAAAUCCCUAUAAUGAUAAAAUAAAAUGAACUAUGUAUAGGAUAAGCGAUAUAUUUCAUUGACAUAACUGAAGAAUAUUUAUUGAAUCAUAAAAAUUCACUAUCGGAGGUAUAAGAGGUGGAACGUACUUUGGAUCCCACCAAGUGAAGAGCUUAGGAUGUAAAUGCCCAUAAACUUACAUUGCAAUUAAAAGAGAGCGAAAAAAAUGGCCAGUUUUUCCACCGCAUCGUCUCAUGGUAUCAGUAUCAAACUAAUAGUAUGGAUAAGUCAAACGCGUAGUAUUUAUGUUGGGUUUUGAAGUGUGAUCUGUGCUGUUCAUGAGUCUGCUUCGGAUGUAGGGGAAACUGGGGUAGUAUGCACCCCCGGGGCAAAGCGACCCUUUGGGAUUUUUGAGUACAUUGUCGAUAGUUUUUCCAGGGUAUUUACUACAGCACAUGUAGUUCGGAUCUCGAAUUACCUAUCCGGUAGUGAACAUCUUUGAAAAUAUUCCAGGAACAUCGCUAAAAAUGCCAAAAGGUCAUUUUACCCCAGGGGCGCAUAUUACGCCAGUUGUCCCUAAUAACAAUACAUUGUAUAAUUUUGAUUCCGUUCUACAUUUUCAGAAAUCUCAUUAGAUAGUAAGUAUUGCGUUGUUUUCAUUGUACAUAUAUUUUAAAUAAUCGAAUAAAACACAGAUUUUUAGUUCAAUUCA